AUGAGUGUGCCUGCAGCAGCGCGUCUGCCCUCGCGGCCGGCCUUGCGCAGACUGAUCGAGUUCUACGAAACCAAGGGACCCGACAACCGGGGUCGGCUACUGGAGGAGAUCCUGAAGUGGAGCGAUGAGCGCCUGGAGUUCUCGCACGACUACAUCCAGACCCUGUUCCCGCUGCCCGAGGGCUCCAUGUUCGCCAACGCGCCCGUCGUCGACGAGGAGACCUUCCUGUACUGGCGGCAGAGCGGCGGAGAGCUAAAUGCCAACAUGCGCCGCGCCCUUGAGCGUAUGCUGUCAUUUUACGGGUUUGCGAUCGAGUGGCAGGACCACGAGAAGGGCGGGUCGACGGCGGAGGUCACAGUCAAGGCUGGUGGUGAGGCCAAUCUCGCCCGCUGGGUCGUCCGUAUGGAUCAUAACCACCUGCGUAUCACACGUAUCAUCAGAAGCCUCCGCGUGCUGGGUCUGACCGAGGAGGCCAGAGCUUUCUAUGCCGCGCUCGUCUGGACUUGCGACACGUACGGACGGAUUGGCUCCUCGAGCCGUGAAUUCUGGAAGCGGGCGAUCGAGCUGCCCUUGCAUAUUGCUCCCGAUGGAACGGAGGUGGAGUGGCUAGAGAAGUACAAUGGGGGGGAAGACACCGCUGAGAAUGAUAUCAAGUCAGAUGGCAGCGAGUCUAGCGUGGACCAAGAGGGCAAUACGGCGGCGGAAUAG